UCCCUUGCUGUUGCUCAAUCCAAUUAGCUCUGAGCUCCCUCAAUACAACACUGCAGCAGCUCACCAGACAGGCUCUUAUGUGUACAGUUGUUCAUAUGAUAGUUGGCUGGUUACCUAUUUGAAGCAUCCUCAGCACAGUUUCUACUUUUACAAAGGAUCUGUAAGAGGGGGGGAAAAAUAACAGCAACAGAAGAAGCGCUGAGAUGCUAUCGACUGCCCUCUUGCCCGUCCUUAUCUUCACUUGGACAGUGUUUUUUUCUCCAGGUAUGGCUACCGCAUUUGUCACUCCGCCAUGUGACCAGAACCUGUUUGAUUUUAAAGUGGGCAACUGCCUGUCAGAGUUCAACACCAGCAUGGUGAUAAGUGGUUACCAAGAAGAGUGUCUAUGGCCUAAUGUCAAACGGGACUACUACAAGCUGAAGGUGUGCGUGGAUUACUGGGCCAAUGAGACGUUGUGCUCAGGUUACAAGUUUCUGGUCGAAAACAUCUUCUUGGAGGUCCACCAGAUGUACUUUUCACUCUGUCCACAGGUCCACGACCCCCCAAUCUUCACUCUCGUCAUGUUGACAGCACCCGUUAUCAUAAUCACAUUCCUCCUGCCCGUUCUGUGUGUUCACCUCAUCACCUGGAACACUUAGAUGUACUUUGGACCUCUGAUGUGCUGAACAUUGAAGAGAAAGAGAGGUUUAAGCCAGUGUGGCCAUUUUCACGGUGGUUGGGGCUUCCAAAUGCAGUAGGUGGUGGUCAUUUAUUCCUGUCAAUGAAAGUGAAUCUUCUAAAUGUCCACUUUGGAAUGUUUUCAAGUAAAAACGCUUCAAAUCUGUAUUCAGCUCUAUAAGCGGUGCCCCACAACACAGGCUGGUGUUUUCUGAACACUCCAAGCUAAUUUUUUUGUUAUUACUCUCCUAAUAUAUCAAGUCCUGUUUGUAUUUUGUCACACUGUAAAUAUUGAUCCCAGACAAAAAAUAAAUGGAAAAGGAAAC